GUCGCCGCGGCCUCGCUGUCCGCCGCGGCUUUGCCCGCCGCGCCGAUGUCCCACAGGGCGCGAAGGGGACAGGAGGAGGAGGAAGAGGGGGCGGAGGAAGAAGCGGCGAGGGGCAGCCAGGCGCAGCCCAGGAGCCACCCGGAGCCCGCGGCGAGCGGCGGCAGGACCCAGCACCGGCAUGAGAGGAAACGGAAGAGGCAGGAGGCGCAGCAGCUCCAGAAGCUCCAGCACCUGGAGUCCUUCUAUGAGAAACCUCCCCCAGGGCUAAUUAAGGAGAAUGAAACAAAACCAGAAGACUGCAUACCUGAUGUACCAGGCAAUGAAAGUGCACGAGAAUUCCUGGCACAUGCCCCGACCAAAGGGCUUUGGAUGCCUUUGGGAAAAGAAGUCAAAGUCAUGCAGUGUUGGAGGUGUAAACGUUAUGGACACAGAACAGGAGAUAAAGAAUGCCCAUUCUUUAUUAAAGGCAAUCAGAAAUUGGAACAAUUUAGAGUAGCACAUGAAGAUCCAAUGUACGAUAUAAUAAGGGAAAAUAAACGUCAUGAAAAAGAAAUGAGGAUACAGCAACUGAAGCAGCUCCUGGAGGACUCUACCUCAGAAGAUGAUGAUGAUAACAGUGAUGACAGUGAUGAGGAGGAUGAUGAAGAUAGCAGCAGCUCCACUUCCUCAGAAUGUAGAGAUAAACACAAGAAAAAAAAGAGAAAGAAGGAAAAGAAAAAAAAAGAAAAGAAGAAGAAGAAAAAGAGAAAGCAUAAAUCAUCUAAAUCUAAUGAGAAGUCAGAAUCUGACUGAUAGCAGCUGCACGCUUACUGACCCCUACUUGUGAACUGCAAGGAAGGAUCCAAAGAAUGAGGAAGAAACCACCAGAAAGGGCUUUAUUAAACUCAGAACAUACAGAUGGAUACAUACAGCAUCCUACACUGGCUGUCCUUUUCUGCCCCUUUGCAGUGCUGCAGCCAGAAAGAGAGCCGCAUUAAACAGUACUCCAUCAACUAUAUUUUCAUACUGUAAAACCUGUGCUAAGGGUCAUCUGUCUUGGUCAGAUUGGGCCUCUGCGUUGCCACACGUGACUAUCAGCAGAAAGCAGUGACUACCAGGGUAUUGCCAUCAAAUCUGCAGAAUUCAGCAGAUUGUCUAUUGAAGUGUCUUUUCUCCAUGAAGUUGUUUUGUUUUAUACAAUGCCUCAUUGUAAGGGGACUUCAGUUUGCACCCAAAAACACUGACAGUUCACUUACUGUGCUUAUAAGAACCAGGUUGUACUGUGUUUUUUUUUUUCCUCAGCAUACUGCCUAUGUGCUGAAGUUCAUUGUACUUAUCCUAGUACUGGCAGCUAGGGAAAUAAAGAGCACUGCUGAAGGGGGAAAAACGUUAAUCAAGGGGAUUUACUUUAUGAGAAAACUGUAGUGUUAGCAAGACUUGGGGUGGGUUGUUUUUUUUUUUGUGUAGCAAAAUCUCAACAUUGUUGCGAUUAAUACACCCAGUUCUGCAAUACCUAAAGUGCUCUCCAGACCAUAGGAGUGGGAGCCAAGUGUAAUGAUGUUCAACUUUAUUGUCAAGAGGUAGUGGUUUUAAUUAUUUUAAAAAGGGUGUUUUCAUGUUAGAAAUGAAAAAGAUUAAUUUCUACAUAUACUUCCAUAUCAGUUGUUUUGAUGCAUUUAAGGUUUUUUUCCUUUUAAAAAGGCUUGGGGAAGUAAACUCCAACUUAUGUUUACUAGAAUUUUUAUAUAUUAAUGUUUUUAUCAAUCAUCCCACAAGAAUAUAAAUGAGCAAGGCUUUCAACUAUGUGCAUGUAAGCCACAGAACAGUAGUAAAGAACUUGUAAGCAGGAAGAAGGGAAAGUUUUAUGUACUUAAUUCACCUUGUGGACUAACCAUACUUUUCCUUUAAAUGAUCUUGCAAGGCAGACUUCACUAGAAAGAUUGAGAUAGCUAUAAACUUCAUUAGAGUAAGCAUCUCAUUUUAAAACAUCAAGGUACAGCAGUACAAAGCUGUGAUUCAGGACCUUGAUGGUAUAUAUUGGUACUCCGCAAAAGGAGAAAGAAAAAUAGAUUUGCUUCGAAAGGACUAGGAAGGACUUAGAUGUACUUAUGCUUAUAUUGGAAAAAAAAAAGCAUGAUGAAGCUCUAAACAGUAGAGUGAACAUUAACAGUAAAAUCAAGGAACCAUAGACUAAAAUGCAUUUAAGACUUUUUUUUCUUCUGAGAACUUUGGAAAAGACGACAGGGGAAAGCAUACAUUAAAAUGUGUUUUCUCCCUCCUACAUGUUUAAGAGUCAUUUAGUGAAAGUAAACCCCCAUUCCUUGCCAGUCAUUCAUAAUAUGUUCUGGGGAAAACCAAGGUAGUCAAGGUCUACUUAUAAAAAGAUUCUUUUUCUUAUUCCCAGAGCAUGAAUGUGGAGUUGUGUUUUAUCCUGCAGUAUUAUUUAGCAAAUUUCCCUGCAAUGGCAUUUACUGGUAACUCCUGAUAGUUCCAUGUAUCAGCAUCAUCAAAUUCAAAGCUCCUUACUCUUUCACAAGAAAAAGAUUUAACAGCUGAAAUAGCAUGAGGAAAUUUAUAAUAGCCUAGUUCUCUGCAUUGCCACAUUUGGUGCUGAGAAAAUCCUCGCAUAUAUAGCAUUGGCGAUCACUGGACAGAUGCUGGAAGCCACAGCUAGUAUUCACCUGAUGCAUUCUAAGGGAAUUCUCAUCAAGUUUGUCUAAAGCUGAGCUAAGCUAAAAAUCUCUCCAGUUACUUUAGCUUUUGUCAUUUAAGAUUCUUCUGAAGUUUAGUUCAGUAAAAACAAACUCAGUUUUCCCUUAGUCUCUCAUCCCAUUCCUUGUUAAUGGGUCCUUCCCGUUUUACCUGUCAGGGUUUACUGUUUGAACAGUCAAGAAAAAUCAGUGUAAAAGACCAUUCUCUAACUUUAUAUCAAAUGCAAUUUAAAGUUUUACUUUGAGAUACCAAAUCACUGUUUUGUACCCGACUAAAGGUCUGUUCAACCCAAUAUCUUUUUCUAUUCAUGGUCAAUAGUGGAUGCCUACAUAGAGCAGUGCAAACUCUAACGUUAUUUCUGUUAUUUCACCAAAAUGCUGUUUCAGCCUCUACUGGUUGUAGUGCAGGUACUUUGAAUCAUAAGUUAUAUUUUAGUAUUUAGUAGCCUUGGAUGUAUUUUUUUUUUUAGAUCCAGUCACUUCUUGUAAACUUUGCAGUUUUCUUCAGCAAGGAACUCUGGAGGUUAAUUAAUAAUUAGUGAAGAAACAUAAUUUGCUUUCAAACUGCUCCCUACUAGUUUCAUUUCAUACAUCCUAAUUCUUGUAAUAGAAGACAUGUGAACAACUGAUUCCUAUCAGUUUUCCCCAUAUCAUUCCCAGUUUUAUAAAUCUCUAUCAUAUCGCAUACAUAUAGAUUUUAUUAGGUCUUUACUGAAAUUCAUAAAAGUAGAGCCAAUUUCAAAAUUAAAGCUAACAGUUUCAACAGAAUAAGAUUUCUAGUAGUGCUGACUGGCAGGCAGUGCUAGAGUGCUGAGAAGUGUGAUUCAUUUCAUCAUUUAACACUUUAAACAGUACCAAAGCUGGCAUUUAAGAGACUCUAGGUCUUUUGGAGAUCUGUAGGCUAGAGAUAAAUACCAACAUCCAUUUAUAUGAAUGGAAAAUGAUUCCAUGUAGAAGUUAAUCCAGAAGGCAGGAUAGAAAGCUAUAGUCUUGAAAGACUGAUUAGCCUUAUUUUUAAAAUCUUAACCAUUGGACUAUUUAAUGCUUUUGUUCAAACAGCCAGAGUUUUUUUUCUAGCAAUCUUUGCCUUCUUUGUAGACACAUAUAUUUCCGUUUGAAAGUUCUGUUGAAGCCUGACUGGUAGUAAUAGCAUAAUUGUAUAGUCCCAUCAAUCUAAGUAAGUGUGAAACACAGCUACGCCAUACCUCAUAGGCAAUACAGCUUCACAGGUCUUCAGCUCCCAGGUCUGGUUGUCUUAAUACUGUGAACCAUUCUUGUCAGAAAGAUUAUUUCACCAGAAAUACUGAAAUCUGUCUUGCUUUGGCCAUUAAAUUAUUUGGGGUUUGUAGUCUUGUUGACUGAGAUAGCCAGUGGUGGUGAGUCAGGGGAAUCUGAGGACUCAAACAGCACAUUUGUUUUCGCUUGGUAUGCCUGCAGUUAGCGUGCGAUGAGUGGGGUUUUUUUCCAUUGGCUCCUGUCUUUCAUCAUUUGAUUUUAAUAAAGACCUGUAAUCUUUUCCAACAUAAGGCAGAAAACAGGACAUUGUAAAAGGGAAAAUUUUAUGCCACCCAGGUGCUACCAAAUUGAAAAUUAAAAUAUUAAAUUAAUUAAAUUAAAAUUAAUUAAAACCUGACAAGCCAACUUAACCCACUGGUUCCACUUCAGUGAUUACACCACACCCAUUUUGCAACAGAGGUUUUAGUCAGCUACAAAUAAUGAUUUAGAAAUCGAGUCACAGACAGUAAGUCUAUCCAAAGAAAGAUCCCUGUAUGGCAGUCCGAGAGGCCUCUAAGGUUUGUCACUGGUGUGCCAAGCAGCAAAUAGAUUCUUCAGCUGCCCUUUAGUAGAUGCUGCAGAAAGCAUGUGAAAACUUCAAAGGCAGUGCAGUACUGCUACAGUUACAGAUUCAUAGUACUGCCAGCACUGCAGUUACUCAUCACUGGGCAAUCUAGCUUCAGCAGUAACAGAAGUUGACACGUAUGUCUGUCUAUAACAAAUCUCAAAUAUCAUUGUAGCUAGUUACCUGGCUGAAUAAGAAGAGCCUGGACUUCAAUUCAUAGCCUUUUAAAGUUCAGUUUGUACUUCAUAACCUUUCUGAACAUUAAAUACAGUUGUAAGCAGUUGACUUAAGAUGCAGUCCACAAAUCGUCCAUGCUACUGAGUGAAGCAAAAGCCAAGUAGAAGAUUUAGUUUUAAAAUCACAAGACUAGCACCAUCAGAAUAGGUUAGACUGCAUUAUGCAAGAAUUAUUUCUUGAGCACUAGAACAUUCAUGCAUGCUACUUUAAGCAUUGGUGUGGAUCCAUAGCAUGGGUACACCAAGAUUUUAAACAGUUAAUUUAAAAUAGCAUUUGUUUGUAGACAGAGAGCUGUCUAAACACUCUUCCUACUCCCUCACAUAUUCUUGGGAGCUAGCAUCACGAGGCCCUAAAUUCUUAUUUACAUCUGGGUAGAAAACACACUAACUAGUGCAAGACCUGUAAAAGGAUGACUAGCAUGAUCUUGGGAGUACCUGUGAAAUAUUAGUCAUUCCCAAAAAUAUCCCAGAGUGCCAUCUAACUGUGAGGUCAUGAAUAUUCCUUUACCAGACAAGCAACAAAAGACAAACAGUUAGCAUUCAACCCCAAAGCUGCAUUCAAGUUCAGGAAAAAGUCAAUCCUUACCUAAGAAUUGUCAGUUAUAGCUGAGGAUUACUCUUAGGUCAUCACUUAUAGUCUUCAAGUUGAAGAGAUUCUACCACACAUUCUCCCCAUCAGGAGAAAGUCUAUCCCCCUCUAAGAGCAGCACAUUUCUGUAUUAAAUAUCCAAGAGCAACAGUCCUAUAUUUUCCAGAGUAUUAAAAAGCUCCAUGCUUGAAGUAAUUCCCUCCCUCAUUUUAUUCUUUGAGGUUCUGAUGCAACAGAUGUUUUGUGCAGCACGAAACCCAAAGAAGAAUUUGUAUUUCUUAUUUUCUUGCAGUGCUUCAGGUAGAGAGGAAAUAAAACCUUGGCACCACAUUGUUAAAGUGGAUCCUUUCCCCUGACAGCUUGAGGUAAAGGCUAUAAUUACAGUAGCUCUUUAACAAGAAAGCAAGUGCCAUUAGAAAAAUCAAGGAUCAGUUGGGUAGGGCAACCUUAAUAGACCUCACUAAAGGAAAACAGCAUAACCUCCGUUACAGGUCAAACUAGUAAUAGGUAGGCACACAACUUUAAAGUAGCAUUUCCCAUGACUGCAUUCAUCCAUGUAGAUUACUCUAGGGCACAGACAGAAUAAGAGCAUUGGGAGAAGAGGUAGAAGACAAGUCCUGCCUGUCCAUUUCCCCUCAACUUUAUUAAAGAAA